UUUCUUAAUCGAAUGGCCAGGUUGAACAUGGUUGUCGAUCUUACGUCGCCUUCAUCUACCUUGAUAGGUUAAGUCCCUCUCUAUCACAGAUCGAAGGUGAUUCAGUUCUCGCAGUCUACCGCCGUACCCCACACUUCUACUACGAAUAUGGCAUCAGCUUCAGCUUCACCGAAAAGAAAGCGUGAGCAAGAUCACCAUCGGGAAACAAGAGGUCCUCUUUCCCAACAACUGUUGACACCCGAUGUCGACGAGCAGGAGACUGGAAGUCCACGGACGAAAGUCGCUAGGAAAUUCGACGACUUGGACAUUGACAAUGACCUGCUCACACUGCAGCAUGAUCGCACAUCAUCAUCCCCGCGACCGUGUCAAGCACCGCAACUGUCUGGCCUUACUGCAAGCUUGACCGACGGUAUGCGAAUGGAUCUAUCAUCAAAGACUAGAAUGCCGCCGCAGUCGCCUUCAAAAGCAUCUCUAGCGGCGAAGGGAGAAUCACAAAGCACAUCAACAGCACCAUUAGCUACAACUUCAAGGUCAGGAUCCCCGCCACUAGCAAAAGAACUAUCAGACCAGUUCUGGCACGACUCUGAAAUUACUGGACAUGACCCUGAUGAUCCCGAUGAUGAUCUCUAUGGCAUCAACGGGGUUGGUUUUCGCCCAACGCCUGCUAUCGCAUGGUCCAGAUCGCGACGGAGGAAACAACAACUGGAGGAGUAUAAAAAUCGAGAGGCACGCGAAGCGAGGCAACAGAGAAGUGAGAGGAGAAAACGCUUCAUAAGCGAUAGAGAGGAUGUGCCGUCUCUUGAUAACUCUCCACGCAAAAGUGUCCGCGUCCAUUUUGAGGAUGGUUGAUUUUCCCAGGACACCCGCGAUGAAACAGUCUUCAAAAUAUUCGAGAUAUUCC